CGCCUGGGGGUUAUGUGAGGUCAGGCUGGAUGUCAGAAGUUCUUUAAGAGGUACCGUGGUGGCCUCUAAAGGUUUAAAACACGGAUUUUCUUGUCAUUUUGUUGCAUCUCUCUCUCUCUCUCUCUCUCCUGAUUUCCUGUCAACAUUUUACUAUUUGUUGUUUUAUAACGCCAAAAUUUGUCACGUAAAAGUAAUUUAAGCAUGUAAAUAAAUUAGAUUUUGUUCAACAACUUACAAUGUGAGAAAUGUCUAGGACGAUAUUUAACCUGUUUCCAGCCACCAGCUUGCAGUUUUCAACAGGAAGUUUACUAUUUGUAAAUUUGGUCACUGCUGCCCCCCAGUGACUGAUGAUACUCGGACACAUACAAACAGCAAUAAGGACAGACUAACUUCUGUUUCUUGUGUAAUUCUGUAGAAAAACAUUUUCAGCCCAUGCAAUGUUCUGCAUGUGAAUGGAAACUACCAACCACAUUUGAUAAGAACAUCCUUCCUACGUAUUCAGAUGCCAGCACCUGAUAAGAUUAUGAAGCAAAUCCCAUUGGUUGAGAUCAGACCACUGUAACCAAUUUCUGUGUUUGUUCAAGCAAACUAUUGAACCAUUUUUCCAAAUGCACUUGAUUGUUGUUCUUAUUUGCUCGAUAGUUUGCUGUAUUGUGGAGCCAGAAUGAGCUACGUUAUUUUUUUCUGUUCUUGUUUGACUGCUGGACUCGCAGUGUCAUCUUCUCUUAGGAUUCUGGACAAGCGUCCAGACUGCAAUCAACAGGGUCUUGACAACUGCAAAAUUAAUAACUGCUCAGACAAACGCACAGUCGCACAACUUGCUCCUAGUGGCCCAGAAUGGGAUCCUGAGCAUGUGGGAGUCUGGAUGGACAAACAUGGGCUUGUUUCUGUUGUGAAUGUGACCUGGAAACUAAAGGCUGAUGCAGGUAUAUUCAAACUUCAUGGAUCAGAGAUAAAUAUUCUGGAUGAAAGUACAAACCAAAGCAUGUGUGUGCAGUUUUCAUACAACUUCAGCCAACAGCAGAAUCCAAACAGUAGAAAGUGGACAUUUUCCUUGGAUGGAGUUGUGGUAGAGCCAGGGCAAACAUAUGUGGUGACCAUUUUUAAUUUGCCAGAACCUGCAAAUGGAGACUACAGGCUUAGAAAGCAAAUUACCAUCCCAGGAUGUGAGGACAGGAGAAUCCAGAAGACCCAAAUGUGUCUGCAAAAUGGUAGUCUGUGGGAUCCUCACAUAACCGCUAAUGUGUCUGUGGAUAGGGAAUAUAGAAAGUUAUCCAUUGUUGUGGGUUUUGAGGCAGCACAAUAUUCUGAGAAAUACCAGGUCUCCAUCCAGAGUCAGAAUUUCUAUUACUCAAAGAACGUCUCAAAGGUAAUUAUACUGAAUUUUUCAAUUAAACUCCAGUGCUGUCGCACACAUGAUAUCACAGUGCACUCUCACUUUGUUAUUUUCUUGAACAAACAGGAAAAUGGAACAUCGCUGAGUGUGAAAUUUGAGGUUGAUUUGUGGCAGCUCCAUGAAUGUGAAAUAUUGUUAGUGGUUCAGCCAUUUUUUAUUCAAUGCAAGAAUGACUGUUGGCGCCCCAAGAAAAUAAUCAAUAAGUGUCUGUAUUAUCCACCACGGACUUUAAUUAUAAAGGCAACUGUGGGGCUGUUUCUCAUUGGUUGUUAUCUUAUCUAUUUACUGUGGAGAGCUUCUCAUAAAGAUCCUGUGAUCCCAUCCUCAUCUGCUGCCAAAGAACAACCAGAACGCUUUCAAUUGCAAGAGAGAAAAAGAGUCCUCAUCAUCUAUUCCCUCGACCACCCAUUAUACAAAAACACUGUUCUCAAACUUUGUGCCUUCCUGGCGACCAAAUGUGGCACUGAAGUGGUCCUGGAUCUGCUGGACUCUACAAGACUGGGAGUGUUGGGAAGCAUCCAGUGGUUGGACUGGCACAGAGAACAAAUAGAAAGGUCUUCAGGUAAGAUAUUAGUAUUGUGCUCUCGGGGAGUACAAGCCAAAUGGAGAGCCAUGUGUGGUGACAAACAGGUUUUUCUGAGAGAGGACGCCCGCUCACCCAUAGGUGACAUGCUCAGUCCAGCCCUCAGCCUCAUCGUCCCCCAUUUUAUCAGAUCUGCGUCGUUUGAAAAGUACAUAGUGGCUUACUUUGAUGAUGUUUGUUCUGAAGAGGAUAUCCCCUCACCUUUCAACAUUAUGGUCCGAUACAAGCUGAUGAAACAGUUUGACGAGCUCUUUUUCAGGAUCCUGGGCACUGAAAAGCACGGACCCGGCAGAGUGAAUCACAUUGAAGGGCUUUCAGAAGAGGAGUACUAUCACUGUGCCUCAGGUAGGGCCCUGCGGGAUGCCAUAGAGGCUUUUCAUUCGUACCAGCUGGAGCAUCCACAGUGGUUUGAAGAUGAAUUACUGGAAAGCUCAGAGUUGCAGGUUGAGGAGACCUCAGCUGAGAUUUAUGACAAUUCAGAAACAACCACAACCCUCAUUACACAUUGUGCAUCAGCCCACGUCAUCAGUCAUGUAAAGGCACAAUAAAGUGAUUUACUUAGGACUAUAGACA